CAAUCAUCGGGUUCUAAGUGAUCUAACGAUUGUAACGGUUCCCUACAUAUUAAGCAAUCAAUAAACGCCGCAAAUAAUCUUCAGAACACAGUAAGAAGCUAUUAAAAUCAACAAUACCGGGUGGAAUACCUAUAGCAUCGCAGGCCCACGAGCCAACCUAACAUUCAGAUGAAUCUAGGGCGAAAAAACCCACAAUAGAAGCGUUUUAAAUCGGUGACUCUCAGACACAACACUAGGGUUUUCAUACAAACACAGCACUAGGUUCCAAAGGUUUCAUCUCCAAGAUCAGUGAUGGCGGACCAAGAAAAGAAGAGGAAAAACACAAUACAUGUUCCCGAGGAUUUGCUUGUGGAGAUACUCUCUAGGGUUCCGGAGGCUUCUCUGGCACGGUUCCGAUCUACCUCAAAAAGAUGGAACGCUCUUAUCAAAAAAGAAGUGAAACUUGCGAAGAAGUCUCUUAAUCUAGUAUUACUUAAUCGGAGGGUCUAUUUAGUUAGGCUUGAUCUCCACGACGUCGUUGUAAAGGUAAUAAGUCAGUUCCGCCCUAGUGACCCUCUUUCUAAUUCUUCAGAAGAAAUAUAUAUACGCCGCGUCUGUCACUGCGAUGGUUUAUUGCUAUGCACCACCAUGGACGAAAGACUCCUUGUUUGGAAUCCAUGUUCAGGAGAAACAAGUAGGAUUAUCAAACCCAUAAAUUCCCACAAUUAUACCGAUGUCUACGCUCUCGGUAAAUCCUCAUGCAACAAUGAGUACAAAAUCUUGAGGGUCCAUCAUAGUGGGGAUGGUUGGAUGUCACCAUACCUUGUUGAGUACGAAAUAUACGACUUUACUUCUAAUUCGUGGAGGGUUGUUGGUGAGGCUAGAGGGUGGACAUUUCCAGGGCCCUGGCGACAUUGUGGGAUGUCUGUGGAUGGAAUUACUUACUGGCUUUCUUUAGAUUUUAGUCAAGAGACUCAAGACCGUCAAAGACCCAGAUAUACCUUACGGUAUUUUGAUUUUUCAACAGAGAGGUUUGGACUUGUGUCUCUUCCGGGUGAUCCUCGCUCUUAUCAUGUUUUUGCUUUAUCAGUUACUAGAGAAGAGCAAAAACUUUGUAUGUUAACUUCUCGUGCCCGACUCGACAUAGAUGUAUGGAUGGCAACUAAGAUUAAAGGCACGGGAGACAUGUCAUGGAGUAAACUCCUAUCAGUGAAACGAACCAGCAGCUAUCAGUUCUUUUCGCUUUGGAACGGAAUGAGUUUCUUGGCCGACCGGGAGAAUAAAGUUAUACUGCAUCCCACUGCACAGUUCUUUGUCUUUACCUUUUAA